GGCGUACAGCAAGACGCAUGAGGCUGUAGUAAGUUCUGUACAAUCUUUCCUAGAAUCAGAGGUUUGUUUUUUUGAAACUACAGUUGGUGUUGAUUCAUUUAAGUCCUGGAAGUUUCUUUAAAGACAAGAGCUGAUCGCAAGAUACAGAGUAGUCUGAAAACUUUCUCUUCCAAUGAAGUCAAGGGAAGAGAUGGUAACAACUGUGACUGUUGGCGUCUCAAAGAAGAUGAAACUCAAAGCAGUCUGAAGACGUAAGAUAAAGUUCUGCCUCAAACAGAACUGAAGUAUUUUAGUUUCAAAUUCAACUGAAGUGCAAAGUAUUUGUAAGGGCACAUGCGACAAUUACUCCUUCGAUCAUGCUUCUGCUUAGCCUUACCUGGUAUGAGAUGAUUUCUGUUAGCCUGGCAAAUGGAGAACCAGCAAUAACUGCUUCUAUUAUGGCACCUAGUGAUCUGCACGUUGCUAAGCAUGACUUUGGAGUUAUUCUAUCCUGGAACAGUAACAUUACAGAAGAAAUGAUGACAUAUUAUGUGAAGUAUGUUUUGAUUUAUAAGUUCGAUACAGCUCAGGAAAAAAUAGAAAGACUUCAAAAAAAGGAAAAGAUGAUAAGACUUGGGUUACACUCUGGUUUCCAUGCUAAAGUUAAAACACAGCUUCUUUCAAAAGAAACAGAAGACCUUAUAAAGGAGAGUAACUGGACUGAAUUUACUUACAAGGCACCUCCAGUAUAUAUCCAAAAUUUCUCAUGCAUCAUAUAUAACAUUUCCAAUUUAAAUUGUACCUGGGACAUUAAAACAGAAGCUCCUGAGGAUGCUCAGUAUUUUCUUUCCUACAGGCACAGUAGAGAAGAGUUCCAAUGCCAACUAUAUUUAACAAAUGCAAAGAACAAAAACAUUGGAUGUCACAUGAAAGAAGUAUAUUUUAAUCACACUAAUACUAAUAAAAUCAGAUUUAAUAUAACGGUAAAGGAACUAAGCAACAGUUCAGAAAACCAUUCCUAUUACAAAAAAUUUACUCCUCAAAGACUAGAGAAACUGAACCCUCCAAUCAAUGUGUCUAUAUCACUUGAAAAGAGAAGCAUUAAAAUUAACUGGAAACCACCACCUACUAUUGGUUCAUCAAAAAAAAAUUGCUUUACAUACCAAGUGAAAAUUACAGAUCUAGAGCUCGUAGAUGUUUCUGAAGAGGAAUAUGUGCAUCCAAUUCAUGAUCCCGCAAAACAAUAUGUUAUUCAAGUCAGAGCAAAGAAAACAACAUGUAUACAUAACAAGAUUUGGAGUGAAUGGAGUGAACCAGUUUUUAUUAAUAAUGAAUAUAAGGAUAAUAAAAUGAACACCUGGAAGCUGCUCAUACCAAUUUUGUUUUCCUCCAUGAUCUUCACUGGAGGAUUGCUGAUAUUUCUUCAUAGAAGGUAUAAAUGCUUUGAUCCUAUACUCACACCUAUCCCACACCCUUCAGACAGAAUCAGAAUCUGGUUAGCUUCUGAUGCUGCUCCGUGUCAGCAGGAGUAUGGCCUGGUUCCCCAAAUUCCCGACAUGCUGGUUAUCAGCGAUCUGAGCACACCUGUCACAGAACUAAGUUUCAACACAAGUGAAGUGAACAUGCACUCCGAGAUCAUGUUGGUCCCUCUGGAAAAGAACCAACACAAGGGGAUUAACUAAUGAAGAUUCUUAAGCAUCUGGAAAACAGCCUACAUGUACUAGCAUAUGUAUCCUGAGGGAUGACAAUCCUCAUUGCUGUGUGAGUGGGUUAUCUUUUCUGUGCUGAAUUAUCUUGUGGAGAUACUCCAGCUGAAUCCAAAUAGGCCUGAGCCAAGAACCAGUCUGAGCCCAGCAAUUUGACAGAUCUCAAAAACGUUUUACUAGGGACAUUAUGAGAUUCCUGAAAUGUGUAUUUGGGUCACAAGAGCAGACACCAGAGACAGCUUGCAGUUUGUCUUUUACUACUACUACUACUCUUAACCACAGCACUAUUAUAGCUAAAGCCUAUUCAUGAGAUGGUUUUUGGAUGCAAAUUAAUCUGGGAUUUGGGACUAGAGUUGAAGGUCAAAUCAAGGAUAGUGUUUGGGUUUUCAUUUCAUAGCACUGUUAUCACAUGAGAUUGUGGUCAGAAGAACAAGAUCAGCUGUUUUUACAAGAUCAGUGGAUUGUUGUUAAAUACCUGACUGAUUUAUGGGCAAGCUGAAUUGUGGGCAAUGACUGUUUUUCAUAACAUUCCUAGAGGUAACGGCUCCUAAAGGCUGUAUAGAACUUUGAGACAUGUAUAAUCUGAAAACAUUGUAUCAUAUUGUUGAUAAGCAGACAUCAGCAAAGAAAUAAUAGUCUUGUAUAAAGAUGUAAGAUCUUUAAUGCUAAUGAAGAGAUGGGUUUUGGACAUUGUAACGGGGUGGUCUGCCCCUUUAGGAGCCAAAGACCUGGAGCUGGCCAGUCCCAGCUAGUUAGUUUAUGGGCCACACAUGAGAGAGGGGAAAAAAUGGAGUUCUACCAAGCCUAUCUAUAAAAGAGCAGCAGGAAGCCAUGAGGUCAGAGAGACUCGGAACAAACAAAAAGUUGGGACUUCAAAGCUCUCCAGGCAGGGAGAGACCCUGAGCAAGCAGGAGAAGGAAUGCAGGGCUCUCCAGGCAGGGGAGAAGCCUGAGGCCUUUCAGCAGAAGAAUCUGUUGCUGGAAUCCGGAAACUUUUGUGUGGGGACUCUUAUGUUUUGUCUGGACUCAGAGGGUAGAGCCUUUAACUCAUUUCAACUGUUCCUUUCAGAUUACUUUAUUAAAUGGAGGUACGCUGACAUUAAUUAGAGAGUUUGGCUUCUUUUUGAUGGGGCUGUUAAAGUGACCUCAUUGUUACCUCAUCAAAAGGGCAAACCGAGGCAGGCUGCAGCAGAGACUUAUGAAAGCAGGGUCUGAAUGAGCUUUCCACUGACAGGUAGCUGGAGAGGGGAAAGGACUUCAGGAGCAGACUUUAUUUACAUGAACAUAUCCACUCCGCCUAAGUAUCCAGCGGACAGGAGUUAUGUAGCUUCAAGUGAUCAACUUUGGCUGGUGUUGGGUUACAAAUCACUUUAGUACUUAAUUCAGGGGUAGUGAAAUGUUGUUAUCAAUGUUGUUAUCUUUAUUGUAUGAGUAAAGGACAGCAGAACUGUACUAAGCCUGUCCUGAUUGAAGGGUCACCCUCAACUGAAACAAACUCACUAAGUCAGGGGCUCAAAUGCCAGACCAGUGUGAAAGUAGGAGGGGGUGGGGAUAGGUGUCCCUGCCAGAAGGUGUGGACUCUAUUUUAAAGCCCCAGGCACAGUUUAAUCUGCCCCUCCCCACUGUUCAACAAUAGAGCUAAGUAAGGCUCCAUUAGGAGUCUUUUGUUUUGUUAAAUGAUCACUAGAGCUUAAAUCACUUGUUGUGGGACAGCAUUUCUGCCAGCUUGCUUCAGCAGCCAAGCUCCCCCAUUAAGAGAUGACACUCAUUGAGGCGAACCUCAAGAGACUGACCCACAGAGAUCACAACAGAGAAGUAGGUGGCAGCAGAAGGUGACUGUGUGUAGUUCAGCAGCUGGCAAGGUGUUCAGUGGAGUAGAACGGCGUCUUGCAGGAAGAUGGCCGGCAGAGCAGUGACUGGUGGAGUGGAAUAGCAGCUGGUGGGGCGACUGGCGGAGCGACAGCCGGCCAGUGAAGUGGCGGCUGGUGGAGCAGCCAGCAUUACAGAGAGCGGCUGGCGGGGCGGCCAGUGGAGCAGUGGUUGGCCGGCAGGGCAGUGAAACCAGAGCAAAUGCUCAGACAGUGGAACAAGCAAGGUGCCUUUCACCCCUCACCCCCGGUGGGAGGUGACCUCACACAGAUGCACCUCUGUACUCUGGGUCCACACUGAUCAAGGACAACCAUUAUGAGUGGGGUGUCAUGAGGGAGCAGAGAGGGGCAUGGAAAGGGAACUUUUGGUUGUAGAACUUAAGAACCUGUGACAGAAGACACUGCCCCACGCACUCUGGGGUGGAUGUUUUGCUCACAGAUUUAUGUUUAUUAAUCCUCCUUGUGGCAUGUUCCCUAAUUAUUGUCGGGUGU